UGUAUUUGCUGAUAAUGUUGUUGAGAGCUCUGAAGUAACAUCUGGUCUCACUCGUAUUGGGGAAUAUGAGCUCCAUGACCUUGUAAUACUAGACAAUAAGAGUUUUGGCGUGAUUAUACGUGUAGACAGUGAAGCCUUCCAGGUCCUUAAGGGUGUACCUGAUAGACCUGAGGUAGCACUUGUUAGACUUAGAGAGAUCAAAGGGAAAAUUGAGAAGAAAGGGAAUGCCCAAGAUCGGUUUAAGAACCAGUUAGCGGUGAAAGACGUGGUAAAAGUUCUCGAGGGUCCUUGCAAAGGAAAACAAGGUCCUGUAGAACACAUCUUCAGAGGAAUUGUUUUUAUUUAUGAUCGCCAUCACCUUGAGCAUGCUGGUUAUAUUUGUGCCAAAACUCAAUCUUGUGUGUUGAUUGGUGGCUCGCGGGCAAAUGGUGAUCGAAAUGGUAACCCCUUCUCAUCAAGAUUUGCGAAUCUCAGAACUCCACCACGUGCUCCUCAAUCUCCAACAAGAUCUUUUAGAGGUGGCCCACCUAUGAGCUAUGGAAGAGGGCAUAGAGGUGGAAGAGGGCAUGAUGCUUUAGUUGGUGCAGAUGUGAAAAUUCGUCUUGGGCCAUUUAAAGGUUGUAAGGGGCGUGUUAAAGAUAUCAAAGGAACUUCAGUCCGUGUUGAACUGGAAGCCCAGAUGAAAGUUGUUACAGUUGAUCGCAAUCAUAUUGCGGAUAAUGUUAACGUGACAACACCAUUCCGGGAACCAUCUAGAUAUGGUUUGGGAAGUGAAACACCAUCACAUCCUUCAAGGACUCCACUCCACCCAUUUAUGACACCUAUGAGAGAUCCUGGAGCAACACCUAUCCAUGAUGGUAUGAGGACGCCAAUGCGUGACAGAGCAUGGAAUCCAAUGAGUCCGCCUAGGGAUGAUUGGGAAGAAGGAAACCCUGCUUCCUGGGGGUCAAGUCCGCAAUAUCAGCCAUCUAGCCCUCGUUCAAGGGCUUAUGAAGCACCUACUCCUGGUUCUGGUUGGACCAACACUCCCAGCGGUAAUUACAGUGAUGCUGGGACCCCAAGAGACAAUGGUUCUGCAUAUGCUAAUGCUCCAAGUCCUUACUUGCCGUCAACUCCUGGUGGACAACCACCAAUGACACCGAGCUCAGCAUAUAUACCUGGUACUCCAGGCGGGCAGCCAAUGACUCCUGGAAGUGGUGGGCUGGAUAUGAUGUCACCUGUAGGAGGUGGGGAUACUGAAGGUCCUUGGCUCUUGCCUGAUAUCUUGGUCAAUGUACGGAAGUCCAAUGAUGAUACUGUCACUGGAGUUGUCCAUGACGUGCUAGCGGAUGGUUCUUGUAGCGUUGGUCUUGGAUCGAGCGGCAAUGGUGACACUAUCAUUGUACACCCAACUGAAAUUGAGAUAGUUGUACCAAAAAAGUCGGAUAAGAUCAAGAUCAUGGGUGGUCCCCAACGUGGUGCCACUGGUAAGCUUAUUGGUGUUGAUGGCACUGACGGGAUUGUAAAGGUUGAUGAUACUCUUGAUGUUAAAAUUUUAGACAUGGUACUUUUGGCGAAGUUAGCGCAUGCAUAGGGACUAUCAAUUCUAGUUAGCGAGCACGUUGUGGUCAAUAGCAAUAGUUUGCAUUUGUAUCAUAUUUUUCAUGUUAUGCUAAUCAUGAGUUCAAGGCUCAAUCUUUAUGUGUAAAUCUUUCCUUCAGAGUUACUGUCCUUUUGUUCAAUGGUCUGUUACGUAUGGAAGGACGGUAUAAAUGCAUUUCAAAAGAAACAAUGUUUAAAAGGA